AUGGGCACGCAGUUGGCGGGGGCGAGGCUUUAUCACCACCAGAGGUUAAUGUUUAACCAGCUGAUGAGGCUGAAAACCAGGGCCCAGGCCGUGUGGGUGCGCAGCUCUGGGCAGACCUGCGUGAGCUCCGACCCAGGCUGCUGGCCGCCCCCCAGCCCCCCAGCCCGCUCUCCCGAGGGGGCAGACGCCGCAGGGACAGGACUCCGGCCGCGUGUCCCGCCGUCUCUGAUUCAGGGAAGCGCCAGUGAGGCCACGCUGAUGGCGCUGCUGGCCGCCCGGAGCAGAGCCACACGCCGCCUGCAGGCCGCCCACCCGGGGAUGACGGAGGCCGCCGUCAUGGAGAAGCUGGUGGCCUACGCCUCCGACCAGGCACAGCAGCCCUUCGUGCAGGUCCCUGCCCUCCGCUUCCCUGCCUUCGAGGGGAGGGGCUCCCAGGAUCCUAAGACCGGUAACUGGGAGGACCUGUGGCUGCACGUGGACGCGGCCUACGCGGGCAGCGCCUUCAUCUGCCCCGAGUUCCGGCACCUCCUGGACGGCGUGGAGUUCGCAGACUCCUUCAACUUCAACCCCCACAAGUGGCUCCUGGUGAACUUCGACUGCUCGGCCAUGUGGGUGAGGAAGCGCGCGGACCUGACCGGAGCCUUCAAGCUGGACCCCGUGUACCUGCGGCACGGCCACCAGGACUCGGGGCUCAUCACUGACUACAGGCACUGGCAGCUGCCGCUGGGACGCAGGUUCCGCUCCCUGAAGAUGUGGUUCGUGUUCCGGCUGUACGGGGUCACGGGCCUGCAGGCCCACAUCCGCAAGCACGUGCGGCUGGCCCGCGAGUUCGAGGCUGCGGUGCAGCGGGACCCUCGCUUUGAAAUCUGCGCGGAAGUCACCCUGGGGCUGGUCUGCUUCCGGCUGAAGGGCUCCAACAAGCUGAACGAAGACCUUCUGGACAGAAUCAACGGUGCCAAGGAGAUCCACCUGGUCCCCUGCCACCUGAGGGACAAGUUCGUGCUGCGCUUCGCCAUCUGCUCCCGCGUCGUGGAGUCCGCGCACGUGCAGCGGGCCUGGGCCCACAUCCAGGCGCUGGCCACGGCCCUGCUGGGGGCCGGGCAGGAGUAGCGAGAUCCAAGCUGAACAGACGUGUAUCUGAAAACUGGAGGGAGAGGAAGAUAAACAUCAUCCGGCUCCGUGGAAGCGAGCCCGCCGGCUCCGCACUUCUCUCUCCAACGCUACCAGACGCCUGCGCUUACGUCUCCCGAGUCUCUUGUCGGCGAAGAGAUAUUAUUUGCUGCGUGAAAAGUCAGUCCCCAGGGACGUAGCUUUCAUUCAUUGUUUGGCUGUGGUUUUGUUAAUUAAACAAUCAUAGUGCUUCGUGCUCUUGGAGUUGGCCGUGGCGGGGAGGGCGCGGGAGCUCUCUCCCAGGGCAGGCUGGGUGAUGGGGCUGGAGGUCACGCCUGUGGCCUUCCCCUUGCUCCAUCCUGCGGCCAGUGCUCAAUAAACCAUCUGAAGUGCAUGGC